AUGAUGCGCGAGACGAACGAUAAGACGAGCGUCGAGUAUCAACGCAUGUCGUGGGACGCGCUGAAGAAAUCGAUCAAUGGAUUGGUGAAUAAGGUGAACGCGUCGAACGUGCAACACGUGGUGCCGGAGCUGUUUCAGGAGAAUUUGAUACGCGGGCGGGGAUUGUUCGCGAGGAGCGUGAUGAAGUCUCAGAUGGCGUCGCCGCAGUUUAGUGGUGUGUUCGCCGCGCUGGUGGCGGUGGUGAACACGAAGUUUCCUGAAAUCGGCGAGUUGAUCGCGAAGAGAUGCGUUUUGCAGUUUAGACGGGCGUAUAAGAGGAACGAUAAGCCGGUGUGCGUGGCGGCGACGAGGUUUUUGGCGGCGCUGAUUAAUCAACAGAUCAUUCACGAGUUGAUAGCACUAGAGUUAUUGACUGUGUUGCUAGGCACUCCCACGGACGACAGCGUAGAGGUUGCGAUUGAUUUUGUCAAGGAGUGCGGCUUCACGCUCCAAGAGCUCACGCCGCAAGGUUUGCACGGCAUCUUUGAGCGAUUUAGAGGAAUUUUACACGAAGGUGAGAUCGACAAGCGCGUUCAGUUUAUGAUCGAAGGGUUGUUCGCGUUUCGAAAAGGUGGAUUCGAGGGGAAAAAGGGGGUCUCUCCCGAGCUAGAUUUGGUCGACGAGGACGACCAAAUCGUGCACGAAAUCGGCUUGGACGACGAGAUGCAAGCGCAGCCUGGUUUGGAUGUGUUCAAAGAAGAUCCCGAGUUUGAGGAAAACGAGCGUCGAUAUGCAGACAUUCGCAAGGAAAUUCUCGGUGAAUCGAGCUCGAGCUCGAGCGAUAGCGACAGCGACAGCGACAGUGGCGAUGGCAAGGUCGAAAUCGCGGAUCUCACGGAGACAAAUCUCGUAAACCUCCGAAGGACGAUUUAUCUCACCAUCAUGUCUUCGUUAGAUUUCGAAGAAGCUGGGCAUAAAUUGAUGAAGCUCAACAUUCCGCCGGGCGCCGAAGUAGAGUUGUGCACGAUGCUCGUUGAAUGUGCGUCGCAGGAGCGCACCUACUUGCGGUACUACGGUUUGCUCGCGCAACGGUUUUGUUUCAUCCACAAAAUCUACCCGCAACUGUUCGACGAAGUUUUCAUGAAGCAGUACAGUACGAUUCACCGUUUGGAGACAAACAAGCUUCGCAACGUGGCAAAAUUCUUUGCGCACUUACUCGCCACCGACGCCAUGUCGUGGACGUGUCUGGCAUACAUCCAACUCACCGAGGAAGCUACGACGUCAAGUUCACGAAUUUUUAUCAAGAUUCUGUUCCAAGAACUCGCAGAGGCGCUCGGUUUGAAGCAGCUCAACGAAAAGAUGCAAAAUCCUGAAAUGCGUGAGUACUUCCAAGGCAUCAUGCCCAAGGACGAGCCUCGCAACACGCGGUUUAGCAUCAACUUUUUCACCUCCAUCUCUCUUGGUGCGCUUACUGAGGACAUGCGUGAGUGGUUGAAAACAGCUCCCAAGACGGUGCCGAAGCGCUCUAGGAGCUCGUCGAGUUCGUCGAGUUCAAGCUCCAGUUCGUCGAGCUCGAGCUCCAGUUCGUCGAGUUCGACCUCCGGGUCGCGUAGUUCGUCGAGUUCAUCCAGUGGAUCGAGCUCGCAUAGUUCAUCGUCCUCGCGCUCGCGCUCCAGGGACAGGCGUCGUAAGCGAUCUAGAAGACGUUGA